CGAUAAGAAUCCAUUCAGUUUCGGUAAAUGUGCGAAAACGUGAAAAUGAUUCUAAAAAAAUUAUUCGUUCUUGUGAUGGCUUUCUGUCUCACCUCGGCUCAACAAAUGACGUGUACUUACUCCAUCAACACUAAUUAUGACAAUGACCCGUAUCAGUGCACAUUGAACGUGAACAAUCCUGAUGGACUUGACGAUUCCGUUUCAAUUGGCGGAGACCACUUGGGUACAUACAUGGAUCCAUACGGAAAUAUGAUGUCAACUUACAACGAUUCCAGUGUGCAAAUCCUUACGGUGAACGGAAUUACGAAAAAUAUUCCUUCGGUAAUUUGUAAACAAUUUCCGAAUGUCGAGAUAUUGAAUUGUUAUAAUUCAAACCUUCAAAUUGUUUCGGCAACGAAAUGCAGUAAGCUCCAAGAGCUUAGAUUCUCUUACAAUUUGAUUGAAGAGGUAUACGUCGAUUUGUGCCAAUAUCAACCGGCACUGAAAAAGAUUUUCAUCAACAACAACAAAUUGAGGGUCAUAUCUGAUGUUACUUUGAAAAGUUGCAAGAAUAUUAUCAGCUUCGGUGUCGACAACAAUCGAAUAAGCGUAUUACCCUUAACGCUGUUUGCGAACACACCGAACAUACAGACGAUAAGCUUCCCGAACAACCCCAUAUCAGCGAUUCCGAAUGGAAUCUUCAAUGGAUUGGCUGAACUAAAAGAAGUAGUGAUGCGUGAUUUACUCCUCACGGAUCUUCCACUGAACAUUUUUCCUGCAGCUAACAAGCUCACUUUUUUGACGAUCGCUAACAAUAGCUUCUCCCAAUACAGACCUGAGUGGUUCCAAAAUUUAAAAAACUUAACUAUUUUGAUGAUCGAUUAUAAUAAAAUACUUAUUCCGGCAAACUUCUUCCAAUCGAUGCCAUUGUUGCAAGAGGUCUACAUGGGAUACUGUAACAUUUCAGUUGUCAAUCCUCAGUGGUUUAGUCCACUCACAUCAUUGACACUGUUGAGGCUAAUCGGAAAUAAUAUCGACGAAAUUCCUGACAACACAUUUGUCAACACGAAAGCACUAAAGUCAUUGGAUAUUGACUACAACAAAUUGAAAACCAUCAGAUCGAAAUGGUUUUCGAAUGCAAUACUUCAGGAACUUGAAUUUUUAGCCCUCAGAGAAAAUCAAAUCAGUGCGAUUGACCCGUUAUUUUUCGAACUAUCGACGAAAUUGAAUCGUUUUUCUUUUUAUGGCAAUAAGUGCUAUACGGGACCACAAAUAAUAGAUUUUCUUACAAAAAGAUCUACGUACAUGCCAGGUUUCCAAGCUUGUAUCGAUAACUAUGCCGCUAUCCAGAAUUGAAACACCACUGCAUAAAAUUC